CCACAGAACCUGGAGAGGCUUUUUCUGCACCUGCCAGCACAGAACUGACAGCCCAGCCUAUGGAUUCUCAAGGCACACACACAAGAGGUAAAGCCCAGGUGACACUAAGCCCAAGGGGAUCACUGCUCAGUUAGCAGUGAGGAUGUAAGUCUCAGACAGCAGUUCCUCCAGGCUUGCUUUUGUUUCUGUCAAAUGACGUGUUUUAACUCUGGUCAUUUGGAAUAUUCCUUUUGCUUUGAAGCUCAGCACCCAGAAAAAAGUGUUUUAAAAGAAGCCAAAUUGUGUCUGUGGUAUGUUUGACUAUUUUCUGCCAGAAAUGUGUGUGUAGAGGUCCAGAGACAAAAGCAAAGCAUGUGUCAGCUCUUGAGCAGAAAGGCUGCAAAGGCUCAGCUGGAUGUAAAUAAGCAGCAUGGCUUCCAAGGCUCUAACACCAGGGAACGCUGGAAACCUCUACGGCUCCUCAGCUCCAGCGCUGCUCCUGGGCAAGGCUCUAAUACUCGUGAGAGGAGUCACUUAUCACCAGGUACCACAUGUGGGAGUGUUCCAGCACAGUUGUGCUGACGCUCGGCUGGAAGCGAUGCUCGGCAGCGGAGCAGCGAAGGCCAUCGCACACUACGAGCAGGCGGCGGACUACUACAAGGGAGAGGAGUCCAACAGUCUUGCACGGCAAAAAGAAGCUUCUCCUGAUGUUGAGCUUUUUGGGUCCCGCUUUCACGCACAGCUGGUGCUUGUGGAGGUCCUGGGGGAUGGAUGCUCCCUGAAGCAGCUGAAGCAGUAUCAGAAGGCCAUAGAGAUCUACGAGCAGGUGGGGACCAACACGAUGGACAACCCUCUGCUCAAGUACAGCGCCAAGGAGUAUUUCUUCAAAGCUGCUCUGUGCCACUUCAUCGUGGAUGAGCUGAACGCCAAGUUUAGAUGGAAGAUACUUGCUAACAAGUCAGGCUGCAGAGAAAGAACAGCUGUCCUGCAACAUCUCAUACAGCUUCUGUUUUCUCAGAAGGUGAAUCAUACACUUCCAAUAACAGGAUAACGUCUGAAACACAUCUACAAUGGGCUGGAGAACCUCACGUAUGACUCUGUGAAUUCACGCUUGCCAGAGCUGGUAGGGCAUCUCAUUCUCCAUCUCCUCCUUUAAAACAAAAGUUCCCAGAUGCUCAUUGUGUGUAUGAGGGGGAACUGCAUUCUAACUCUGCGAGACUGUUGUGCUGGAGCAAAGGCCAAUUUACAUUCAGAACUCGGGAGUGGUGAGAACACCACGGUGACAACAGAGCAGGUGAGGACAUUUGAAAUUGAAAAGCAUUACUAAUUAA